GCAGCGCUUGGAGAUCCGCGACCACACGAUCCAAUCGCUGUGUCUGUUCAGCCCCUCCAUACAGACAACUCUCGAUCCUCGCAUCCCGGACAUGUCACAUUGGCCGAAUCUCGGUAUGAAGGCUCUAUCGAGACUAGAGCACCUGAUGGACCUGCGCCACACAACUCGACGCUGAGCGCGGCGCCAUGGCACUUUCAGAACCUGGGAGAGAAAGAGCAGGCUGCAGUCCUCUUACUAUCGCGGAUGCGCGCGAGCAGGUCCCACUCCCCUGCUGUCCACAGUCGUGAGGUGCUCUCUGCAUUCAAUACUCGCACGUCUCCUAGGGCUUCGUCUGCGCCACUGAUGGGGGCUUCCUCUUGCAUGCCACGGCAGUCCAGUCCUCUCAGCGACCGAGGUGCAGCUCAGUCAACUCCACGCUUCGUCUCUCCGAGCCCCGCACCCUUGCAGGCGGCACGAUCCCCACCGGAGGUUGACGAUAAUGGCCUUGGCGGUGAAGACGACGACAUGGAUAUCUACGACGAAGACGAGUUGGAUCAAGAUUCCGGAGAUGAUUCCUACAAUGACCCCUCCUACGAGCCCGAGUCUAUCAAGCCAAAGGCUAGCGUUACCCAGCGUAUUCGGGCAGCUCGUAACGCCAAGCAUGCCUCCAAGGUGGUCACCAGCCCCAAGAACGUCGUCGCAGGACCCGCCAGCCCUCCCAACACCAAGGUGAAUCGCACGCGCCGGAAGCCACGCUCCUCGCUGUCGCGGGCGAACUCCAGACGCGAACGCAGGCAGCGCGCCAUGAUCUGGUGCAGCCACACGGAGUGCAAGUGGGCGUUCGACAACAAGCGGGACCUCGCCCGCCACGAGGCGGUCCACAACGGCCUAGGCCGGUGGCAGUGCAUGCUUUGCGGCAAGGUGCUCUCGAGGUACGACGCAGGCCUACGCCACAGCAAGGGGCAUACGGGCCAGGAGCCAGACCUCAUGCCUUACACUGAUUCGGACGACGCGCGAGUCAUAUGAGCGGCUUUGGGCUGCUCAUAUCUAUGACACAACUAUGCGGAAUAUCUCUUGACGGACUAAAGCCAUAACUGGGUUUACUACUCGAAGACAGCGUACAACAACACGUUCGACGUAUUUCAUUCUACUCGCUACCAGCUACAUCCGAGACGUCC